UUAAAUUAGGGUUUGUUGAUGAUUGAUUAGCUAGACUUGGAUCAAGAUUGUGUGCUAUGGAGUUCUUAGGCUUUGUAGGUGCAUUUUGUUUGGUUGUAUCUUUUAUGGUGGCCCCUUGUGCUUCUGAUGAUCUUUUCGACGACGACAGCGCGCAAAGAUCCCUCCAACCAUUUGGUGAUUCUGCAGUUCAGAUGAUUAGUCUGCAGCCAUUACUGCCAAGAAAGCUCCAACUUGUCAAACGUGAUGCUGUUAAGGAAUACUUUGUCAACCUCGAUGCCGAUAUCAUACGGAGCAGGAAGUUGUUAAUACAAACUCCAUCAGGCAAGAACCAAGAUGAACAAGAAGAAGAAGAAGAAGUAACACUUCAUCAACAGCAACAACAGAAGCUGAAUCAGAGAAGUGGGACAUGGAGAGAGUGGAUUGAAAGCCCCAAUAAAUCAGAUUUCUUCACCAUGGAUUACCACUGGGUGAGAAGACGACGCCCAAUCCAUAACAAGAACUUCCCUUUCGUCCCUUAAAACAUGGGUUUCUGCUACCUCAGCCAGCCUUGCAGUUGCCUGAUACUAGCAGCAAGAUCACAUAUAUAUAUAUAUAUAUAUAUAUAAAUAAUUUUGUCAUCCAAUCAGCAGUACUUUCAUGCAUUAGAGACAAAUUAAUUAAGACACAUAUUGCGAAGAAGAAAACAAAAAGUAGGUACAAAUAGUAGGAAUGAUGAAUUAUAGUUAUUAUAUUAGGGAAAGUGGUCUGGUGUGUGUGUGUGUGGCCGACAGUUAUCCACCAAAGAUGC